CGGCUCGGUGUCGGUGGAGAGAGACCGGAGAGGACGGAGGCUGCCGGGUUCACCGAUGCUGCUGCAAGAAAUUUAGCUCUCCAGAAAUACCGAAAGGCGACUAAGUUUAGUUCAGGAUGCGUCCGUAAAUCCACCGACUGUCUCCAAAAAGGGUGAAAAUCACACCUUCUGAUAUAAGCUUCGCUAUCUUUCUAUUGCUGGAGAGCUUUAUUGCGCGUCGUCUCCGAACAUGAUCGGGAGAGGACUCUUCGUUGUGACAGUACUGUCUAACUGCGUUCUGUCAUUGCCAGUGACUCCCAGUCAGCUGGAGAAUGAGGACGUAAAGGUGAUGAAAUGCAUUGUGGAGGCGCUGGCAGAUGUGCUGUCGAGGCCCCGCCCCUUGCCUGUCAGUGAGGAGUGUUUGGUCACACUGAAGACAGAUGACAGGCUGGUUUCUAUCCUUCGCCAUCAUAACUUUCUGAAGGUGCUGCAGGACGUCGCUGUUGAAGGUAGUCAGGAGAGAGCUCAGCAGCAGAGAGACGCUGCUACGCCUGAACCAACCACACAAACUCCUCACGCUGCAGAUGAUGAUGUCGCUGAUCGAUCCAUGUUGGAAGCUUUAGGAGGCCCAGGUGAACGAUCCAUCCUGUCCCAGAAGAGAAGGACAGGAAAUGCAGACGGAGAGGAAGAAAAGGAUGACAGCCUGGGAGAUGGAGAGUCACAAGACGACAACGACGUUGUUGAAGAGGUGAAGGAGAAGAGGGAGCACGACGAGAGUCCAGGAAGCCACGUGUCUGCGUCUGUGGAUGAGUGGAGUGAGGGCAAGGCUGAAAAGAGGGAGGAAGAAGAAGAAGAUGAAGAUUAUGAAGAGAAGAGAGUUCAUUCAGAGGAGGAAAACAUGAUCAAGGAUAAGAAAGGUGCUGGAUCUGGGGAAAAGAGAGAUGCACCCAGAAUGAAAUCAAAAGAGAAGAAGUUUGUUGAAGAAGAAGAUGAGGAGGAGAAAGACAAGAGAUCUUUCUCACACAGCCCUAAACAAGAGGUGGAAGAGGAGGAUGAAGGAGAGAUGAAGAGAGAGAGUAAGGAGAGCCAUAAGCGAUGGAGCAAGAGGGGCAAGGCGUUGCAGAUGAAGAAGAAAGUGGUCGAAAAGGAGGCGCAGCAGGAAGCGCCACAUCACUCGAAAGAGGCCACAGAGGAAGAGAAGAAGAAAAGACACACGCAGAGGAGUCCAGAGGAGAAGGAGCUGCAGAUGAUCGCUCGGGGGGGACCGGAGGAGGAAGAGGGGAGCGCCAGCCCAAAGUCAGAGGAGCCAGAGAUUGAAAGCCUGGCAGCCAUUGAGUCAGAGCUCGAAAACGUUGCCCAGAAACUCCAUGAGAUGCGGCGAGGCUGAGAGAGAGAUUGGUAAAAGGAAAAAAAAGAAAUAAGUUGACACUGCAGCCUCCUCUGCCUCCUCCGCCUUACCAGCUGCCUGGUAUCCACAGAUAAAGCGUUUCGACGAGAUAUUAUCUUUCGCUAUUUUUCCAGAAGAUGCCCACUGCUGCAGCCUCCCUUGUGACAUCCUGUCCCUCACAUAGAUUAGCAAACAGUAGAUGCACAUUGCAGGUAGACAUGCAUCCUAAAAACAAACAAAUGCACAAGUUCAGUUCAUUCAAACUCAUGCAUAUGAUAUUCAGAACACACAGUAAGGCCCCCGUAAAGGGAAACCUUCAUGUCAGUGAAGGUUGACAGCUUUUUUUUCAUUUUCUCAGAAAAUCAUCUUUCUCUUUCUGCAAAUGUAUCUCGCCUGCUUUUCAAAAUAUUUGAACUUAUUGAUUUAUGUGAACGUUUGAGGCAGAUCCAGGAACACACACACACACACACACACACACACACACACACACACACACACACACACACACACACACACCAACAAGGUGAGGUUUUACAGUAGUGGCAUGCAUACAUGUACAAAGCUCUUGCUUCUUGCUUACUUAUGGGGAAGCAGUAGAAGAAGACGUAGAUGCUUACUUAUUAUAGAUACAGUUGAACUCAAAUCUAGCCAAGGAAAUAAGUGAACAUUUUUAGCAGAUGUAAUGAACUGUAAUUCAUUUAUGUAAGAAAACCAAUAAAUUGAAUAGUUUAACUGGAAAUCUCUGUUUUGGUAGAUCCUUUUAAUGCCUCUAACAAUGGAAUGAAUAUUUGCAUAAGACGAUUAAUGCAAUAAACUCUGCGUAAUAACUAAUUUA